ACCGAAUAUUUUUUACAGCGUGUUCAGAGCUUAUUUUGCAGUUUUUAUGAACAAACAUAUAAAUAUAUCUCUGCAUUCCUGCCUCUCCCAUAAAAGCGGGCAUCUGUGGAAAGCAGGUUUAGUUAUCGGAGGGGAACCAUUAAACGCCAGUUUAAGAGGCAGACCGGGAGACCGGCUCGUGGAUGUUUAGACUGCUGGCCUUGGGGAUCUUGAACUCAUUGAAACGGGAAAUGGAUCUCGGCUCGUCGGUUCCCGGGCCGCGGCGGCUGCGUGGGUGCGCAUCUGGAGGCAGACCAGGCGGGAGCUGCCCAUCCCGGGCAUCGGCCCCGCGCCGCCCGAGGGGCUCACGUGUGGAUGAGGAUUCCGCCGCGCGGCGUUCGGCGUGGGAAACGGUGUCCGCGGGAGCCCCCGGCCGUGCCAGCCCAGGGCGGAGGGUGCAGGAGCGCGCAAGCCGGCCGGCCGGGGAUUGGCUGCUGGGCCUGGCCAAGGUCCCCCGGGGGAGGCCAGCGACCCCGCCGUGGGCGUCCUACCUUGGAGGCAGGCAGAGGCAGGCCCCAGGCCGCAAAGGACGCCCUCCCCGAGGACACACGAGCACGGUCCUGCCCUUGCCCGCCGGGCGCUUUCCGCGUGGUACAUGGUCUCGGUGGAAGGCAAGGUCGGCGCGAGUGGAAGACGGGGUUGGGGGGGAGCCCGACUUCCGUGCUGUCCGGGAGUCGGCGGGUCCACAAGGCUCCACCUCGCAGUCCCGGGCGGCAGCACUAAGAUACUUAAACUGGCUGCGGCUGAGCGCCCUACAGUCCUGGAGAAUGACAGCCCUGGCCACCUUCCUGGGAGCCUCUGAGCGUGGGGAGGCUGACCCGCUAGACUUCAUGGAGGCUUGUUUGAAGAAUCUGCAUGAGCUUCCAGGCCUCCAGGUUGACAGAGUGAAGAUACAAUAUUAAUGUCCAGCUCGUUGUGGCAUGUAUCCUGUGAAGCCAUAAAGUAGGAGAGAAGCAUUUAAGGCCCAGCAAACGUGCAGUUCAUCUGGAAUUGCUCUGCUGAAGCUAUAAAACUUCAGCAUGAGGGACCUUUCGCACACACAUGCCCCGAGAUGGAAGUUGACAUGAAGGAGAAUGAGCUGGUAUUCUACAAUAAUGUGAAAUUUGUCUGCUUUGUAUUUUGCUCAAUAAUUCACCUGCCUGUUUGGGGUCCACCUUGAGUAUCCUUCACACCUGAGCAGGACAAUUUUUUUUACACGGAUUCAAUGAGAUCUCUUGCAAUUUCUGAAUGAUGUGUCCUUUGGCAAAUUGGUUUAUUGAGGGCAGAUUGUAACAGACUCAUGCAAACAGCAGCACAGAACCAAGAAGGUCAUACACACACUACUAUCUUCCUUAUGUCCAGACAAGAAUUUGCUCCAUUUCUAAGGUCUUGAUAGAGUUUCUUGGUCGCACCAGUGUUUUUACUUACACUGACGACACACAGAUCUCACACAGCCCAGCAUGUUACUGCUUCUGAAAGUCUCCUCUUCUGUGAAAGACAGUUUAAUGAACUGGGAGUAUCCGAGCACACUACAUUCACUCAAAAAGGGAAAACCCGUUUAAACAGCCAUAGCCGCAUAAAUUCGAUUCAGUUUCUUUAGGAGGAAAUAAGGAAGUUGAGUUGUAGGUGUGGGACAGUCUUUCAGAGACAGAAUCAGGGCGUGGGGGAUGGUUGGAAUAGCACGUGGGGGAUGGUUUGUGUCAGGCGACCUUGUUUUUGUGAGCAAAUGUCCCAACUCAACGAUGAUGUUUUGAUAAGAAAAACCCCUUUCUCCGCAAGCUCUCAGGUCCCACUCACGGGCUCCUCGCCCCAAAUGCUGCAGCCUGAGCCAGGCUGUUCUGUGGCUCAGGUCUGGGUGACAUGUUUUCAAUUUGAGUCAACUUGAUGAGAGAAAAAUUACUAAAACGUGGGAAUGAGCUGUGAGGUGAAGAGGGUUUUCCUAUCAAAGUGGAGGUAUUUUGAAAAGCAUUUAUUAUUUCAAACUAAAACAUUUAUAGAAAGCCAUGAGUGUGAAGUGUAUGGUUACCAGUUGCAGGCUUGCUGUACUGAACGAUCAAGUUCAUAGGGAAUAUUUACUGAGGCUUUGGCUAAACGUAGUUUGCUCAUGGAAAUCCUUUGGUUGAGCAGGCUGCUGGCUUAAAACAGCAGUUUACUGACACAGUCGUAACAGGCAAUUAAGAUUUGUAAAGGGUGCCAUGACUGAGACAGAAUUUGGGGUCCUAGAUGGAUGCAGUUUGUUAUUAAGAGAACAGAGCUUAAAUGCUCUAUGCCUUCCACAUGACAUGAACGUUGAAAGUGAGAAAGUAACGCCUCCAUUCUCGAUAUUUUAUGGGCUCUGAUGUAAUACGGGUGUUUCAUCCUGUGCUGAAAAUGAUGACUAUCAUUUGUGGCACAUGUAUUCCAGAGUGAACAUGUAUUUAGCUCACAAAUGAAAAAAGUCUGGCUGUGACUCUGGGUUAAAGGGUAGGAUAGCGAAGUGUACUUUCUCAGGAAAGGUCAGUUUUGUGCAGAAUUCUCUGAAAAUCUGUUUGGAACGUAUAACAUUCUCUUGUCAUGCAAAUUCUGGAGGUCUGAGGGACCUAUAUUUAAUCACUUUUGGUGAGAACAUUCCUUUUUGUGUUAGUUCUUAGUAAGCUUGUGAUUUUUUUUACACUCAAGUAUGUCUCGUAGAGUUCCUUCCCUAACCGCGCAUUUCUUGGGUAUUGCUGAAUGAAGAGCAGACUGCAGACAGUCUUUAUGGAAUAUGAUCUUACAUACACAUGUAAUUUCAUGUGUGUGUGUGCAUGUGGAUAAAAAGAAAGGUGUCCUGAAGGUUGUUAGUAGUUGCCUCUGGGUGGUGAUUUUUGGGUGAUUGUUUCUGUCUUUGUGUGUUUUUUUAGAGUGCUUUGUUUUCUUCAGAGGUUGUGAAAUGUGUCAUGCAUGUGAGAGAGGGCACAUGUGCAGUUCAUGGAAUAAUAAUGUAAUGAAUAUCCACUGUUUAGUGUCUAAAAAAUAGAACAUUACUCAAUCCCAAGAGCCAAGCCUUCCUGCCGUGUCCACCUCUCUUGUGGAGGUGAUUACUUGUCUGCAUUUGCAGCCACCUGUGAAUGCAUCCGAAAGCUGUCCAUGGUUUUAUUUUGAUUGCUUAGAAUUUUAAGUAAAUGCAGUCAUACUGGAGAUAUCCUUCUGUGAUAUUGCUUUAUCUUUUCCCCUUUUUCUUUUCCUCAUUAUGUAUCUUUGAGAUUCAUCCAUGGUGACGAGUGCAGUUUAUUUUUUUUCUUUCUGUGGAUAAUGUUAUUUCAUCACAAAAAAUUGAUGAAGUUACAGUUAUUUCAAAAAGGAAAGACUCCUGUUUACAGGUAGGAAAUAUAUGUGCCAGAGGAGUGUUGAAAUAACCAUGCUUUUGUGAAGCCCUCCAAAAUCUAUUUAUCGGUUCUUAUGUGUCCGCAUGUAGAUUGUGCUGAUGGCUGCCUGGAGAAUGGGAUUUGGGGAGUCCCUGGCUGUCCACUGUAACGGGGGAGUACCUCUUUUCCUGCCUCUGCCAGGUAGCCGCUGUAUCUGAAAUGCAACCACUGAGGUAUUCUCCUCUUGAGGUUUGGGAAACUAUCUUCCCAAAGGAAAACUGUGUCAUUUACCAGUGCCGUGAGUCAGUGGCAAUCACCAGUGAUCAGCCUCAGUACUUGACAAACAGGGAGCAGGUUUGAGGGUCAGAGGAAAGGGGUCGUUUCCUUUGCUACCUCUUUUUUAUGCCUCAGGCUUAGCGUUAUCAGUACAGAAUUUCUGAUACUCCAGGGAAAACCCCUAUGAGACACUGCUUACAGCUCUCAGGCCCCAUUCCUCUGCCAACCCUGAAGCCUCUCCUGACCCCUCCCAAAGGAGUCCUGCUCAGUUGCAGCAAGACCAGGUUUUAAACCAUCUCCUUGUGUCUUUCCAGAUCCUCUCGAGGAUGUACUCAUUCUGGGGGGUAAACAGGCAAGUUUCUAUACAAGUCACUGUACAUCUUGCUUGGUUACUGCAGUGUUUUGGUGACUGGUUUCCCACUUCUGUCUCCUUGACUCGCCUUUAGUCUAGUGUUGACUCAGCAGGCAGAGCGAUCUGUUAAAAUGGCAUUCCUCUGUGAAAGCCCUACAAGACAGCCUACCUCUCCCCUUCCCUCCCUUUCAUCCCGGGCCCCUCGUCUCUCCCUGGACACCCCACUCCUCUCCUUGCUCUGCGUGCAUUUGGCGCAUGGGCCUCCUUGCUCUCUCUCCACACGGCAGUCACCGCUCACCACAGGACGUUUGCAUCACUGUUCCCUAGGCCCAGUUACCUCCUUCCCAGGCCUGGCUCGUUCCCUAACUGCCUCCCUGGCUCCUUUAUGUGAAAUUGUAACUCCCAGACCCUGUAUUUCCUAUACUCUCCUUCUCUGCUUAGCUUUUCUCUAUAGCCCUUAUCGUCAUCCAAUAUAUUAUAUAUUUUAAACUUUUGCCUAUUCUCUGCCUCUCCCCACUAGGACGUAAGCUCUGUGAACUUUUCUUGCUGUUUUCUGCUUACCGUGUUCCUGGUGUCUGAAUGGUAUUGGCAUAUAUUAGGCACUUAAUGUAUAUUUAUUUGUUGAAGGAACAAAUGAAUGAGUAUAUUGAAACUAAGGAUUACUCCUAUCUCCUAUUACUUUUCUUAGAAUACUUUAGUUCCAAUCUGAAAUUUUGUUAGAAUGAUGGUUUUCAAUUAAGUGAAAACAUUUGCACAUGGUGUUUUCUUUUUCUGUACCACAAUAUUCAGCGUCUGAAUUUUGUCUUUUCCAAGCAGCAGACAGCAACAUAUUGAGUGCAAGUUUAGUAAUUUCUGACUGUUCCCACAUUUUGGAAAAGAGUCACUUGUGUUAGAAAGUGAAAGAUCUUCAAGCUUUCCAGAAAUAUUCUCUUCAAGGAAAUAUUUCUGAAGUAGCUUUUAAAUAUAGCUUUGUGUGAUCUGUACAUCCAAGGAGAAGAGAAAUCUUUGAGAAGCAUGACUUAUCAUUAAGUUAGGGCAAGUUUUAUAAUUGAGGGUGAUCACACUUCUAACUAUAUUUUUCAUUUUGAUCCUCAGACAGUUGAGACAACAUUUGGGUCAGGUGGUCAACAAAAGCAUAUAUUUCCUUUUUCUUCUUUGAUUUCAUUUAGGGGCUAAGAAUAGAGUUUACUUUGCUGACAGAAGACGGGGUGGGGGUGGGGCUCAACAAAUCUGUUCAGCCACUUGUUUUUAGAAAGUUUUAUUGGAGCACAACAUGUCUUCGGGUCAUGGGCUGGCUGUGGGUAUUGUGUAUACCUCCUUUCCUGCUUCAAGGACAGAAUGCAGUAGGUGCAGCAGAGACUGUGUGGCUUGCAGAGCGUAAAAUAUUUACUACCUGGCCCUGCAGAGAAAAAGGCUGUGUAUCCCUGACACCAGAUCACAACCAAAUCAAGCAGGAGAGGCCGGCCAAAAGGCAGUUAGCUCUGUGGAGAAGGAGAAGACAUGGGUGUCAGACAGUCCGCGGAACAGCUACUCAGUUAUUAAUUAUUUAAUAGCUAAUCACACACUUUCUUUAUUUGUACAGUUGCUCAGUCCUGGGACAUUAUUUGUGAAUACAGGAUCUCUAAAUAAAAACAUCUAUCCUCAUUAACAUAUUGAAAUUCAGAACUGUUUUAUUUGAAUUUUGGUUUGGUUUUCUGCCACUAAUUUCCAGUUGUUUUAUAGCUGCUUUUAGAUCAAGCGGUAUUCUACCAGCUUCUUGUAGCACUUUAUUUACUUUAUGUGCAUGUCUUUUAAUACAUGACUGGAAUUUGUUGCAUGUGAGCCCAAUUGCCGUGAUUAGCAUUGGAAAAAAUCAUAUCUCUUUAAACAUUAACUCCUUCACUGGGGAAAAAUAGAAUUGAGGCUGUAGUUAAUCUGGUCACCAACCAGGUUUUAUUAAAAAACAGCUUGCUUUUGUGACUGUCCUAAAAUGCAGACAGCACCUAUACAUUUAAUGUUGUGUCUUAUGUCUGGCACAGCGAGAUGGACUAUACUGAAAUGUCCAUUGAGAUGUGUGAUAAAUAUUUGAAACUAAGUACUGUGUCUAAUAUUUGAGAAGCUUUCCGAGUGUGAUAUCUGCAUUUGAAAAUCUCCAGGAAGGCUCUACUUAGAAGGUUCAAAUGCUGAGGUCGCCCUCACAGAGACAAAGGGUCAGACCCAACCUUCCAACAUGUGGGGAAAUACAAAGACACGUGACAAUUUUAGCACUGAGUGCAGCUCCUGCAGUCUGAUAAAGUUAGGUGACUGUAAUCCUAUGACAGUCAGGUUCCCUCAGGCACCGUGGAAAGCAGAGACCUCUGCCUGUAACACAGGCUUACAUAUACAGCCAUUGAAUCAGAAAUGAAGAAUGCAUCUGGCACAGCCUUGUUGCAGUACAUUUUAUCACUAAAUCAAAAAGUAAUAUUCAAGAAAAUUCUGCCACUCAGAGAGUCUCACGUGUGCCACACAUUGUCCUCUGUGCUUCCCAGGCGUUAUGUCACCCGCUCUUCAGAGCAACCUUCCUAUCUUUAUUUUGCUGGUGAGAAAAUAGGCUUAGAGAGUUGGAGUGACUUGUCAGGAACACAGAGAGGAAGCCUUAGUCUGAUCCAGGUGGCCCACCUGAUGGCGAAGCCCCGCUCUUAGCCUCUGCAGGGGGCUCCCACCGCAGGUACAGGCGCGGCCUCGCCUUACGGGUUGUGGAGAAAGACAGAAGUGGAUCUUCUCUUCUCUGUUCUUAUGUCUUGUUCCCUCUGGUUGAAAACUGUGCUCUUUCCUACCCUCUGUUAUGUCCAGCACCCUUGAACCCUGCAUCGUUUACAUUGUGUACCUAACUGCCUUUUAGAGCACAUUCUUGUAAAUUUAAACAUUUUUUUUCAAAGCUCACAAUUGUCCUUGUCUUAUUUAUGCUUU